AUGAGCCACACCGCCCUGAGUUCCGUUCGGAGUCAUUGUACCUCCCAACUUGUAUGCAGAAACGUCGCAGCUGAGGCCUUGAAAGCCUACCUCAUCUCUCACCCGUGUUCCCCCUCGCUUUUCUCCCGAUCCCAUUCUCGUUGCUACUCUUCUCAACCUGCCCCACGAACAGAUGGCUCAGCCUCACAAAACGCUCCAAGUGUGGUGCAGCAAGACCAGAACUCCUCCUUCACCGAGAGAGCUAAACAGCGCCUCGCAAACAGGGAGUUCUUCACUAGCCUGUUGAGCUCGGCAGCGACAAAAAGAGAUGCAAAGGCGUACAUUUCUCGACUGAAGAGCCCGACAAAGACCGCCUCGGAGCAGAAGCAGGAUUCCCCGAGAUCACAACCUCAGGUCAAUGCGGGAGGCCUCCUCGGCCGUACCAGAGCCUCGGAGGAGAGCCCGGUCUUUAAGCAGUACGAAAAUGGGCAACAGUCAACCCUGGAAGAGCUGGAAACCUUACAUGUGGCCCUUGUCAAGGUCAGCAACAUUAAUGCCAUGGCGGACGGGCUCGUGAGAGGCAUUGCCCAAACCUUGUCUUCCCUCUCUCGUCUCAGCAUGGCACCUUGCGUCGUCUUGGAGGUGCCUCAGGAGGAAACUCCACAAGCAACACGAGCAAGUCUCAGCCAGGCUACAGAUAAACUGGUAGCGGCCAUUGACGCCAUUCACCCCUCGGGGGCGAGAAUACUGGACAAUCUCUUGAGUUUCGGUGCCGAUGGCAGGCCCCAAGUUUUCCUGCGAAAGCUGUUGACUCGCCCUCUGAGACGGGGCCGGAUACCAAUUGUCCUUCCAGUGGCCUAUUCGGCAGAACAGUCACAAGCUGUCUCUAUCACGGCUGACGAGGCUCUCCUGGCCUUGACUAGAGAGCUUUCCGGUCAUACCUCCAGCCCUCGAGAGGGCCAACAGCUCGAAACAGCGCGUAAGCAGAUAUCCUUGGACAGGAUUAUCGUGGUUGACGAGACCGGGUCAAUUCCGAGCACCAAGUCCAUUGACAAAAGGCAUGUUUUCGUCAACUUAGAACAAGAAUAUUCCGCCUUGCAGGAGGAGCUGAGGAGCUCAACCGAAGGGAGUGUUUCUCAGAAGCAUGCCUCAAAUCUCAAAUUGUUUCGAGACGCUCUGAAAAUGCUCCCCCCGACCUCAUCCGGGCUGCUGACGACGCCUCUUGAAGCCGCAAACAGUGCCAGGUUGGACGAUGACGGAGUGUCGGGUGUCGGGACGAGAAGGCAGAAGAACCCCUUGAUCCAUAACCUGUUGACUGACAAGCCGGCGUAUUCAUCAUCCUUACCCACUGGCAGACUCACACACGAUACAUCUUCAGUGCCCGUGACGACUUCCACGUUUGUGAAACGGGGCAUGCCGCUGACUAUCUUGCCCAAUCCAGCGGCACAAACCUGGACUGCCACGUCUCGACCUCGUCUGCAACUGACCGACCCCCGAAUCGACCUGGACCGUCUGACAUACCUCAUCGACGACUCUUUCAAUCGAAAGCUCGACGUAGAAGCGUAUCUGAGACGCGUCAAUGAUCGCAUCGCCGGCGUGAUCAUUGCAGGUGAAUAUGAAGGCGGAGCGAUCCUGACGUGGGAAACCCCGCCGGGCUGCUCGGACGACGACACCGACCGUCUGGUCCCGUACCUCGACAAGUUCGCGGUUCUCAAGAAGUCCCAGGGCGCUGGCGGCGUGGCGGACAUCGUGUUCAACGCCAUGGUGCGCACGUGCUUCCCCAACGGCGUCUGCUGGCGCAGUCGCAAGGACAACCCCGUGAACAAGUGGUACUUUGAACGGUCCCGGGGUACGUGGAAGAUCCCCGACACCAACUGGACCAUGUUCUGGACCACGCCGGGCAUUUUCGACAACGGCCACCACAAGACCAGCGUCUUCCUCGACUACGAAGGUGUCUGCCGCUCGGUGCAGCCCACGUGGGCUGACAGGAAGAUGAUUGCUGAUUAG